AUGGCCCGCAGAUGCAUUGGUUUCAUAGGCAUCUGUCUUGAACAACCAGCUUCGGGUUUCCUUCGAGAACGAGUAGAACAAGGACGUGAGUUUCGCGGCCGGAGGGAAGUUGUGAUAGUGGGCCCAGGCUCUACAGACGGAUCACUCGAGGCCAACCAGCUCACCUACCGCGAACUCAUGGCACAGCCCGAGGACCAUCACGACGUCAAGCUCCUCAAGAGCCGUGGUCCUGUUGGCUGGGCUAUGCGCCUUCUCCGUGACAACCCCAUGGGUGCCGGCCUCCAGUACAAACAGUCCGCAGCAGCCUUCCCGGCACGGACCCAGAUCAGCGGCCUACCCAACACGCACUUGUGUAGGCAAGUCGAAACCCCCUUUGGGAGUCAACCCCACUGCUCUGUCAUUACAACAGAGCCGGCCUUCGGGAAAGAGUCGACUAACUCUUUCCCGAAGGGAAGAAUAAUAGACAGCCGCAAUAGGGUAAAGCUCCAUGAUCUAGCGAUAAGUUGUUCGCCUUGUCUGCUGGAUAGCAGGAUCCUGAGCUUCUGUCCUGCGACUAUCUCGAGUCUACUCUUGGCCGAGCUGAUGGAAGAUCCUGCCAGUUCGCUGGAUAGCUUUGAGUUGGGCUAA